GACACAUGGUGCUGGCUCCCUUCUGAAGGCACACAGAGUUUGCGAAGAAGAUUGGAGGAGCUUAGCAGCAGCUUGACGGGGCGACAGUGGAUGCCUAUGCCCUACCGGUCCCGGCGGCGCCUGACGCACAGUUCCAGUUCUCCCCGACACCAUCCCAAAAAAGAAAUGGCUUCCUUCCUGCAGCAGCCACCGCCAGUGGGCGCAGGAGCAGGACAGAUGAUGAGCACCCCAAACUGGCAGUUUGGGGGGAAGGAGCCUGUCUUCGCCAAGGAUUUCAAGCCUAUCUUUUUGAGUGAGCAGCAGCCAGGAGGAAACAGAGAACAGCAGAGCACAAAGGGGCCCGAAAACAGCCUGUUCAGCCCGUACGAGGAGAAGGUUCGGCCCUGCAUCGACCUUGUUGACUCCCUGCGGGCCCUGGGCGUGGAGCAGGACCUGGCCCUGCCCGCCAUCGCCGUCAUCGGGGACCAGAGCUCGGGCAAGAGCUCCGUGCUGGAGGCGCUGUCGGGGGUCGCCCUUCCCCGAGGCAGCGGAAUCGUCACCAGGUGUCCGCUGGUGCUGCAACUGAAGAAACAGCUGCAUGAGUGCACGUGGAGGGGGACACUCAGGUACCGGAACACGGAGCUCCAGCUGCAGGACCCCUCCCAGGUGGAGAGGGAAAUCCGGAAAGCCCAGGACGCCGUCGCUGGGAGUGGAGUUGGCAUUAGCCACGAGCUCAUUAGUCUGGAGGUCACCGCCCCUGAGGUUCCAGAUCUGACCCUCAUCGAUCUUCCCGGCAUCGCCAGGGUGGCCGUGGGAAAUCAGCCCCAGGACAUCGGGCGGCAGAUCAAGGCACUCAUCAGGAAGUACAUCCGGAGGCAGGAGACGAUCAACCUGGUGGUGGUCCCCUGUAACGUGGACAUCGCCACCACAGAGGCGCUGAGCAUGGCCCAGGAGGUGGACCCCGAUGGGGACAGGACCAUAGGGAUCCUGACCAAACCAGACCUAGUGGACAAGGGCACCGAGAAAUGCGUCCUGAACGUGAUGCAGAACCUCACGUACCGCCUCAAGAAGGGCUACAUGAUAGUGAAGUGCCGGGGCCAGCAGGACAUCCUGGACAAACUGAGCUUGGCCGAGGCCACCAGGAGAGAGACGCUGUUCUUCCAAAUGCAUCCGUACUUCAGAGGUCUCCUGGAGGAAGGAAAGGCCACCGUGCCUCGUCUGGCAGAAAGGCUCACCGCCGAGCUCACCGCGCACAUCAGGAAAUCCCUCCCACUGUUGGAAAAUCAAAUAAAGGAGAACCAGCAGAGGGCGAUAGAGGAGCUGCGCCAGUGUGGAGCCAACGUCCCCAGCCAUGAUGCUGAUAAAAUGUUCUUUCUGAUUGAGAAAAUUAAGGCAUUUAAUCAGGACAUUGAAAAGUUAAUAGAAGGAGAAGAAGUCGUAAAGGAGAAAGAGGCCCGCUUAUAUAACAAAAUCAGAGAGGAGUUUAAAAACUGGGUCCUCAUACUUGCAGCCAACACCGAAAAAGUUAAAAAUGUCAUCCACGAAGAAGUCUCAAGAUAUGAGAAGCAGUAUCGAGGCAAAGAGCUCCUGGGCUUCGUCAACUACAGGACGUUUGAGACCAUCGUGAAGCAGUACCUGGAACGGCUGGUGGACCCGGCGGUCGUCAUGCUGCAGAAAGUCGUUGAGACUGUCUGGCACACUUUCACCGACACAGCCAGAAAACACUUCAGUGAGUUUUCCAACCUCAAUCAAACUGCCCAGAACAAGAUCGAAGACAUAAAAACACAACAAGCAGAAAGAGCAGAAAGGUUCAUCCGACUGCAGUUCAAGAUGGAGCACCUGGUUUAUUGCCAAGACCAGAUUUACAGCGUGGUUCUGAGCAAAGUCCGAGAAGAGAUCUUCAACUCAGUGGGAAAGCCUUCCCAGAAUCUUCAGUUGAAGUCAACCUCUUUAAGUGACCCGUCUUUGGUUUCCUCCAUCACUGAGAUCGGGGUCCACCUGAAUGCGUACUUCCUGGAAACCAGCAAACGUCUUUCCAACCAGAUCCCGCUCAUCAUUCAGUACUUUAUGCUCCAAGAGAACGGCGACCACGUGCAGAAAGCCAUGAUGCAGACGCUACAGGAGAAACAGCAGUAUUCCUGGCUGCUUCAGGAACAGAGCGACACCUCUGCCAAGAGGAGAGUCCUUAGGGAGAAAGUUCACCGGCUUGAUCAGGCUCGGCGAGCCCUCUAUCAGUUCUCACUCUGAAAGGAACAGGCUCCCGAAAGAACGGCGGUACUUCUGGGUUUUGCUUCUGUGUGUCACGGAAGGGAGGUGGCACGGGAAGUGGCUUCUCUCUUGGGGUCGGAGUUUUCUGUUACUGUCGGGGCCAUCUUCACGGUCCUUCUCUCAGCACCAGAGUUUCUACCUGACGCGCAUCCGUGCUCAGAGCUGUCUCCUCUGCCAGGAGGUCCUCCCCAUCCUCCAUGAAGAGGGAGCUCUGCAGCCCUUGUGUCCUGUAGCCUCCAGUUACAGCGUUCUUAAACACCGCUGCCAUUCUUUGUUAAUUUGUCACCCCUCCCCAUUCGACUAUGUGACCCCAGAGGAGGGGUAAGGUCAGCCUCUUGUUCUUUUGUAUUUCCAGACUCUCACAUGGUACGUAGCACAUAGUAGCUCCUUAUUAACUAUCUCAUCAAAUAAGUGAAUUGUGGAGAUUCCCCAAGGGUACAGCUUAAAUCCUGGCUUUGGUUGUUUGGGAUGGUGUCCCUCAGCUGGUCCCUUGCGGAUGAAUUCGGUCAUGACACCUGCUUCUCAUCAUUUGCUGUGAUGGCGUUUCCCAGUCCCCCAGGAGAAAAGAGGCUGAGUGAUACCUUUUUCCAUUUGUAUUGUUUUGUAUUGUGUGAUUUCCCAUUUCUGCGUUGAUUCUUAAAAAAUUUUAAUAAGGAGAUCAUUUUUUAAAAAUACAGAGCUUCUGACCAGUGGUCAUCUCUAGACUGGAGGGUCAUGGCUAGUUUUAUUUUCUUCUUCACACUAAGCGGUCAUAGCUUCUCAGGACUUUAGGGAGGUGAUGUGAAACCAUGUCUGCAAACCAUGUGCCCCAAAGCAGGUGUUCAAAAAUGCCAGUAAUUCUUCACUCUAACAAAGAGAUCUUCUUGUUUUCUUUACCUCCUUGUCCACAGAGCAGCCCUCACUUCUAAAGCUCUUCCAGCCAGUUCCUACAUUUAGGUCUUUGAUAAGAUUUCGAGUCUGUUUUUGUGCAUGGUAUUAGAUAAGGGUCCAACGUCACUCUGUUGCAUGUGGAUGCCCAGUUUCCCAGCUCCCUUUGUUGAGAAGACUGUUUAUUCAUAUUGAUCUCUGCACCUUGUCAAAUUCAUUAAACAUAUGUGCCAGGAUUUGUUUCUGGGCUGUCCUAGUUCUGUUCCAUUGUUCUAUAGGACUAUCUUAUGCCACACUGUUUUCGUAAUUGUAGAUUUGUAGUAAGUUUUGAAAUCAGAGAGUGUUGGUCCUCCAGCUUUUUUCUUCCUUUUUUUUUUCAUGACUGUUUUGGCUAUUCGUUGUCCCUGGAAAUUCGAUAGGAAUUUUCGGAUGGGUUUUUCCUUCUGCAAAAAAAAAAUGUCAUUGGGAUUUUUGAUAGAAAUUAUGCUGAACCCAUAGAUCGUUUUUGGUAGUAGUAGUUUAUACUACUUACAGCCGGUAUAUCCAAGAACAGAAUGCUGCCUACAUUUCUCCAUGCUGAAUUCCCCCCAGAUGCACUGUGGGUGGGGGACUACAGUGUCUAAUGGCUUGAUCCUUGUAGAGUGGGAGUGGUAGGCAAGAUUUUUGCCUUUAUGGUCCUAAAUUUAAAGUAGAGACAAGAAACGAGGGCCUCUGUCAGUAAUCACCCAAGUAGAACUGCUCUUCCUGGAGAUAAAGGAGUUAAUGUCUAACGAAUUCUUAAGUGUGUCUUGCAGAGCAACAUCUCAGAAGCAGCUCUUUCCAACCCUUCAGCCUGUAACCAGCUACACCAUUUAAGCUCCCUUUAGUUACAUUUCUUUCUUUAUUUCUUUUUCUCUUUAAUCACAUAGCUUCCCAGCUUCAUGUAGCCCAGUUGUUUUACAGGAAAUUGGAGUUAGACCUGGUCCAGUGCCAGCCAGCUAAGCUGGUUGGGACCACUGACCCCCAAACUGGGCCUGGACAGGUGUUUGAUGAGGGGCCUUUGACAUCUGAUGGCAGGAAAAUGGUGCCCUCCCAUCAUGUUCAGCGCCUGUGAGACAGGAGGGCAGGGGCAGGAACAAGCAUUAAGAAAUGACAGAGCGAUUAGCGUCAAGAUGCCGGAAGAUUCACCUCCCAGUAGACCUCGAGGCACAAGAUGUCUGGAGAUUUGACUUCCAGCAGACCUUGAGCUUCAUUAUUGGCUGAUUGUUUUCCCUUAGUAGCUCGAUGACACACCCAAAGGCGCCAUAGCAGUUCUGAGGCUGACCAAAAGAAGUCCAAAAGUGGGUAGUGGCCUGGCUCCUGGGAAUCCCAGGCCUUCCCUCAAAGUCCUUGGAAUAAAAAGUCCUCCCCCUUGUUAGCACACAAAGCCAAUAAGCACUAACAACCCCUCACCUCGUGGUCUUUCUCUUGCCUGUAGAGAAGGCUUGCAUUCUGUCCAUGGAGCGAGCAUCUCUCUGAAUAAAUCUACAUUCACUCCAUUAUGGCUUGGUCUUGAAUUCUGUCCUGCAGGAAGCCAAGGACCCUCACCUGAUGAGGUGCUUCCCAGGGAUUCACUUAGGACCUGGGACAUGGCCAUCUUUGUGUGCCCUGUUUUCUUGUAUCAUCUGGAGGGUGAAUCUGCAGAGACAUGUGACCCAGAUGCACCUGUCUAAGACACUGAUUACCUCACCUUCCCCACCUCCAGUCACCCUGCACCAAGUCUAGGGCCACCCUGCUUCUCCCAUAAACAUCCCCACCCCUGGCCUCCGGGAAGGUGGAUCUGAGACCUCUUCUCCCAUCCCCUGGCUUGGCUGCCUCGUGAAUAAACUCUCUCUGCCACAAA